AAACAAUAUGGAUUGGCUUUAUAAAAGCCCGGUAGUGUACCGCGAUCUGCAUAGAAGUUAUUAUCUGUCGGAGGUAUUCGUCUUGCCAGCAGCAGUGCAGCAAGAAAACUAUUUACAUAAACAUUUGUCAGAGAGCUCUGAUUCAUUUAGAGUAAUACUGCCACCCGUGAUUGGUUUUGUUUGGUGUCAAAUGCUAUGGAGUCAUCUGCCAGCGCGUAGUUGGCGUCGCUUUUUGCUGGAGUUCCUGCUGAUUGGUUUGCCUUCCAUAUGUACCUUGACCGUGGCCAAUCGUUAUUUAAGCUUAUAUUGUGUGCUGAGCUUUGCUGGCAUUGCCUGGCGGCUUUGGCGCAGCGGUUGGAGCAGUAAGGUAGCCGAAGCAGCUAAGAGCUACAGCUAUGAGUUGGGCAGGCGUCCCAUUGUAUUUACGCUGCUGCGAGCGACUGCCUAUACAGGUACUUGUGUUGCUAUCUUAGCCGUUGACUUUGAGCCGUUUCCCAAGGGCUAUCGCAAAAGUCGCACGUUUGGUGCCGCUGUUAUGGACAUGGGCAUUGGACUGUUUGUGGUCACAAUGGGUAUGGUCUCGCAACGCGCACGUCACAUUAAGGAACUAAAAAAGGUGCUUAAGGUGGUGACACCUCUGUUGUUGCUGGGCCUGGCGCGCACUUUAGUCAUUGCCUGGUUAGACUAUCAACAGGAUGCGUGUGAAUAUGGCAAGCACUUGAAUGCGUUCUUCAUACUCGGGAUGACGAAGCUGCUGGGCAGCGUUGUGAGCCUGCUUGCGCGUAAUGAUAGACAACUGCUGCCUUUGUCCUUGGGACUGCUGCUGCUACAUGAGCUGGUGCUGCAGUGUGGACUCUCGCAGUAUGUAAUAUCAUGGCAGCUACGUAAAGGAUUUUAUGCAGCUAAUCGUGAGGGUCUUAGCUCCUUGCCAGGCUGCAUAGCUCUCUAUUUGUUUAGCAUCUAUGUGGCCAAAUGGUACACCGCGCGUAAUCAGUUGAACUUUAACGUACUCUGCUCCAAGUGGCGACAGCUGCUCAUUGUCACUUGCUUAGGCUGGUUAUCGUUUUUAAUUUGUGUCUUUGUCACGGGCAUAGCGCGUGUUACCUUCAAUGCUGGCUAUGUUAUUUGGAUUAUGAGCACUGUGCUCUCAUUGCUGCUCAUAUUUUCAUUCUUCUUUGAGUUUGCACUGCAGACGCCAUUGAAGCAGCGACUGGCGUCCGGCGAUGCGGUUGCCUCUAAGCAUAGCCAGACUGAGCUGCCUGUGUUUGUCGAAACUUUAAAUAUGAAUGGCCUAACGCAUUUUAUGAUUUCUAAUUUGCUGACAGGCUUUGUCAAUAUGGCUUUGAGCCCAGACAAACGCUCUGCAACAGAGUGUGUGAUUAUCUUAUCUUUAUAUGUGCUGGCCACAAGCGUUGUUGUAUUUCUGUUGUACUUGAAGCGAAUUCGCAUUGCUUAGUGAAUAUGUGUAAUGAUUUGUAAAUACAUUUUUAUCAUAGGAAUAAGUAUUUAAAAUAUGUAUGAUAAAAUUCUAUGCUA